AUGAUAAACACCAGAAACGUUAGAUUAAUCGUCGGUGUACUUGCAUUGCUCGGUAUAUUUGCAUUCUUUGCAAGUUCCCAACACUCGUUAACUCAUCACACUGCUGCAAGUCAACUUUCCAAACCAGCUUCCAACCCACCACCUAUUCAAAAUCCUCCAGAACAACAACAAAAGCAACAACAAGAUGAUGAAGAACACGAUGAUUCUAAGAACACUUUACAAGGUACUUCCCAUCAAGGUACUAAACCACCAUACGAAAUUGACAGUACACCAAAGAACAAUAAGAUCAAUGCUGAAAAAUUAGAUUCUUCUAAGUCAAAUGCAGAAAUUGCUAACCCAAAAGAAGGUGAAAAAGAAGAUACUCAAAUGAGUACUCCAGAAAAAGUCCCUGCUUCUAACGAAAAAUGUAAUAAAGUUGAAUAUGUUGUUAUGAUUGAUGCUGGAUCAACUGGUUCAAGAGUCCAUGUCUAUGAAUUUAACACCUGUGUUCAACCACCAGCAUUAUUGAGUGAAACUUUUGAAAUGUUGAAACCAGGUUUGAGUUCUUUUGAUACUGAUACCGUUGGUGCCGCUAAAUCCUUGGAUCCAUUAUUAAAAGUUGCUCUUGAGAAAGUUCCGGCGGAUAAACAAAAAUGUACACCUGUGGCUGUUAAAGCAACUGCUGGUUUGAGAUUGUUGGGUGAAGAAAAAUCCAAAAACAUCUUGGCCGAAGUCAGAUCUCAUUUAGAAAAGGACUAUCCAUUCGCGGUUGUUGAAGGUGAUGGUAUUUCCAUUAUGGAUGGUAAGGAUGAAGGUGUUUACGCUUGGGUCACUGCAAAUUACUUGUUAGGUAAUAUUGGUGGUAAAGACAAAUUACCAACUGCUGCUGUCUUUGACUUAGGUGGUGGUUCUACUCAAAUUGUAUUUGAGCCAGACUACAAAGUUGAUGAAGUUCCAGUUGAUGGAGAAACCAAAUAUCAAUUCACUUUUGGUGAAAAUGAAUACACUUUGUACCAAUUCAGUCAUUUGGGAUAUGGAUUAAUGCAAGGUAGAAACAAGAUUAACCAAUUGGUUUUAAAGAACAAAUUGUCUGAAUUGGACUUGAAGAAAUAUACCAAGAAAGAAGCUAAGGAUUCCAAAGGUAAAGGUGAAGUUUCCGUCAGCAAUCCAUGUAUUCCACCAGGUGUUGUUGCUAAUGAUGUUGCAGUUGAAUUUGGUGACGAUGAAGUUUACAUUGUCAACAUGAAAGGUCCAUCAUCUAAAGAUGCUACAAUUGCAGGAGGAUCUCAAUGUAGAUUCCUUGCUGAACAAGUCUUGAACAAAGAUGCAGAAUGUACCACAAAACCAUGUUCAUUCAACGGUGUCCAUCAACCAUCAUUGACUCGUACUUUCAACAAGAAUUCUGAUAUGUACGUCUUUUCCUACUUCUACGACCGUACUAAUCCUGUUGGUAUGCCAUCCUCUUUCAGUGUUGAAGAAUUGAAGGAUUUGAGUAAAUUGGUCUGUCAAGGUGAAACUUUAUGGAAAGAUGUCUUGUUGGAUGAUCAUGUCAAGAAUUUGAGUGAAGAGCCACAAUGGUGUUUGGAUUUGUCAUUCAUCACCGCUAUGUUGCACACUGGUUAUGACAUUCCAUUGAGUAGAGAAUUAAAAACCGCUAAAACAAUUGACAACAAUGAAUUAGGUUGGUGUUUAGGUGCUUCAUUGCCAUUAUUGGACAAAGCCAAUGCUAAUUGGAAAUGUAGACUUGAUGAAGUAAAACAAAAGGAAUAG